GGUUUUUCUUGUCUUCGCUCUUCGUCGUCAACACACACUCAGACUUACUUUACUAUGCUGUCUUCGUCGUCGUCCAAGGCUCUCCGUCGUGCAGCGGCCAAGGCUCCAACGCCGUCCCUCACGCGUGGUGCUCACAAGGAGAUCAGAUUCUCCAACGAAGGGCGGGCAAGCAUCCUCAAGGGCGUCGACGUCCUCGCAAACGCUGUCAGCGUCACCCUCGGUCCAAAGGGUCGCAACGUCAUCAUCGAGCAGUCAUUUGGCGGUCCAAAAAUCACAAAGGACGGUGUCACCGUUGCAAAAUCCAUCACUCUCAAAGAUAAGUUUGAGAACCUCGGUGCUCGCCUCGUCCAGGAUGUCGCGCAGAAAACCAAUGAAAUAGCAGGUGACGGUACAACCACCGCUACCGUGUUGGCACGCGCUAUUUACUCAGAGGGUGUCAAAAAUGUCGCCGCUGGUUGCAACCCGAUGGAUCUCCGGAGGGGCUCCCAGGCUGCCGUCGACCGCGUCGUCGAGUACCUCUCGGCCAACACAAAAACCAUCACGACGACUGCCGAGAUCGCUCAGGUCGCUACCAUCUCCGCAAACGGUGAUACCCAUGUCGGCAACCUCAUUGCUCAGGCAAUGGAGAAAGUCGGCAAGGAGGGUGUCAUCACCGUCAAGGAAGGGAAAACAAUCGAGGACGAGAUCGAAAUCACCGAGGGCAUGCGCUUCGACCGUGGCUUCAUCAGCCCCUACUUCAUCACCGACGUCAAGUCGCAAAAGGUCGAGUUCGAGAAACCCCUUGUCCUUCUGAGCGAAAAGAAGAUAUCUCUCCUUCAAGACAUCCUCCCCUCUCUUGAAGCUGCUGCCCACUCUCGUCGGCCUCUCGUCAUCGUCGCCGAGGAUGUCGAUGGUGAAGCACUCGCUGCUUGCAUCCUCAACAAACUCCGUGGUCAACUCCAGGUCGCAGCCGUCAAGGCUCCCGGAUUUGGUGAUAACCGCAAAUCCAUCCUUGGCGACCUUGCCAUCCUCACCGGCGGUACCGUCUUCACCGAUGAACUCGAUAUCAAGCUCGAGAAGGCGACCCCUGACCUCCUUGGUUCGUCUGGCUCCAUCACCAUCACCAAGGAGGACACUAUCGUCCUCAAUGGAGACGGUUCUAAGGACGCCAUUCAGGCGCGCUGCGAACAGAUCCGCGCUCUUCUUGCAGACCCCUCGACAAGCGAUUAUGACAAGACCAAACUCCAAGAGCGUUUGGCUAAGUUAAGCGGUGGUGUUGCCGUCAUCAAGGUCGGUGGUAGCAGUGAAGUAGAGGUUGGCGAAAAGAAAGAUAGGUACGAUGACGCUUUGAACGCUACGCGCGCGGCCGUCGAGGAAGGUAUUCUUCCUGGUGGUGGUGUGGCCCUCCUCAAGGCAUCCCUUGCCCUCGCUACCAACACCCCUGGAUCGUCCAGCUCGCCGACGCGCCCCGAUGCCAAAGUUGUCCCUACUGCCAACUUUGACCAGGAUCUUGGCGUGAACAUCAUCCGCCGUGCGAUCAGCCACCCCGCCCGCACCAUCCUCAGCAACGCUGGUGAGGAAGCGUCCGUUAUCGUUGGCACUCUUCUCAACAAGUACGGUGAUGCCGAGAACUUCUCCAUGGGCUACGAUGCUAGCAAAGGCGAGUACGUGGACAUGAUCAAAGCUGGCAUUGUAGACCCUCUCAAGGUCGUUCGCACUGCUCUCGUUGACGCCUCCGGUGUUGCCAGCUUGCUGACAACGAGUGAAGCAUGCGUUGUCGAGGCAGAGGAGGAGAAACCUGCGGGCCCUGCAGGUGGCAUGGGCGGUAUGGGAGGCAUGGGAGGCAUGGGCGGUUUCUAAACAGGUGGCAGCACAGAUGCGUUGCAGCUCCUGAAGAUUGAACCCGCCGGUGGAUUUUAUUACUUAUAUUCUUAUAUGCUAACCGUUACGACUCAUCGCCCGUGCACGCAUCUUCGUCGACGCCCAUAUCCCCACUACCCUUCGCAUUGCAUUUUCAUUACACGGUAUUUACGUACUAGUCAUAGUCAUGUCCCCCUUUACUUAAUCCCAAUGGCAUCACCACUCAGCCUGAUCUUUAUAGGGUUUGUGAAGCG